AUUUUUUUUAUUAGCAGGCAUUGGAAGAGAAAAGGCCUCACAUUCUACCACAAUAUUUAAAACCAAUGUGAUCUGAGGCUGGCCUCUGCAAUAGUUUCCAUGUGUCUCACGAAUGUGGACCUUGUAACAUUAAACCCCCAGCCACCCUCAGUUACAGAGGCAUAAUUCAAUUAUGAAUCACAAAGCAAAGCUGGGAGCUUCUGAUAUUAAACGUGCUGCAGUAAUGAAUGCUGCCACCAUGGGUGCUUCAGCCAUGGGAUCUGUUGACUCCAGUGGCCCCCAAAAUAGUGGUACACCAGCCUUCAAGGUUCCACAGGGUCGCCCAAAAGCUACAAGAAAUCUGAAUUUGGAUGGGCCAUCUCAUAGCCAACCAACCACUCCAAAGAAGUCAAAUUUAUCUAGGAAGCUCAGUCGCAGUGAGGACAGCCUUAGUCCAUCCAAGAAGAAGGUUACAUUGCCUCCAAAAAUGAAAAAUCAGCCUAUUGUUCGUCCUGGGAAAGGUGUGAGACCAAAAGAGAUUCCUGUUGUUAAGAACACUACAGCAACCAAACGAGUGAAUGGGAAACUCAAUGGAAAGGGAAGCUGUGAAUCAAUCCACAAGACUAUGUCUAACAAUUCCUUGGAAACAAUGAUUUCCUCCAAGAGUUCCAUAAGUGCAAAGUCUGCUGCUGAGAACAAAGAAGUUUUGGAUGCCAUGAAAGAAGAGAAACGAGAUCUGGAAGUACGAAUCUCAGAACUGAUCAAGUGCUCAGAAUCAAAAACAGCAGAGAUUGCAUUCCUCAAAAUGGAAUUAAAUAGAUUGAAAAUGAAUGGAACCCAUACAAGCUCAUCAGAUAUGGAGGAGGUGGUGACUACACUUACAGCUGAGAAUAGGAUGUUGAAGGAGCGCCUAGUUGAGCUUGGUAUAAGGGUGGACAGCAGUGCCAUAUCUGAUGCAGAGAAAGAGCUGCUUCUGUCUCGAAAUAAGGCAUCUUCUGCUCCUCCAUCUAUCAUUGGAAAUGAUCCUAUUGCAUCUGGGAUGCAGCAGACAGCAGCAGAAGCAGUUAGCUAUCCAGAAUCGGGGAGUCCAAAUGCAGGAUUUGAUCAGGUUGAUUGGGACAAGCAGAGUCAGAGUGCCUCCAGCCUGUCAGAGAUGUCUGUUGCUUGCCUUCAAGAUCGCAUCAUUCAAAUGGAAGAGACUCACUACAGCACUAAUGAGGAGCUUCAGGCCACACUUCAAGAGUUGACAGAUCUUCAAGACCAGUUGACUGAUUUGCAACUAGAGAAUGACACGCUCUCAAACGAGAAGAGAGUCAUUCUGGAGAGCCUGUACUCCCAAACUGAGAAAUUAGAAGAUGUCCGCAGUCAGAAUGAGAAUCUCCAGAAAUUGCUGUUGAAGGAAGGUGGGAGCCAAAGCUCUUCAGAGAGGGAGCAACGUUUGCUUGCCCUGCUGAAGCAAACUGAGAGUGAAAAAGAACUCUUCUACCUGAAGAAGGAAGACCUAGAGGCUCAGCUUCACUCUGCACGAGUGGCAUCUCAGGAACAGCAUCAGGAGAUACUCCUCCUCAGAGAAAGACUGAAAUUCCUAGAAGCUGGUCUGGAAAGAGGGAAUUCUGACCGGAGUUUGAUGGAACAGGAGCUCAAGCAGAAGAAGGAACAGAUAAAGUCUCUUGAAAUGGAAAAUGAUCAACUCCGCAUCCUGGUAGAAUCUCCUCAAGAAAAACUCCAUGACUUCGAAUCUCUGGAUGGUGCAGGUCCAUGCAGUGCUGCUAUUAAUGGAAUACGGGCUGCAGAACUCGUUGACUCUGAACGUGAGAAUCUCAUGGAAGAAUUAAGCUGUCUCAAGGACCGUCUCAGUGUCAUCACCAAUGAGAAUCAACAGCUGAAAGACAAGCUUGCACAUUUGCAUGAUGAAGGCUUGAAUUCUCGCUCGGCAGCCCGCAAGGAGAUCAAUGACUUGGAAUACAAGUUGGAGCAGGUGUUGAAGGAAAAGCAAGCAAUGGCUGAAGAAAAUUGCUUGCUACGUGAGAAUGUGGAGCGAUUGGAAGUUCAGUGCCAGUGUCAUCUGGAGGACAAGAGAGCUCUCAAGGCAUCUAUGAAUGAGAAACAAAUCAUUCUUACCAAGAAGGAAGCAGAGCUCCAUGAAAAGGAGAUGCAAAUUUCAUACCAAGCAUCAAAGCAUCAAACAGAGCUGGAGGAGUGGCAGAAGUUUCGAGACGAUCUUCUUCUGACUGUUCGUGUUGCCAAUGACUUCAGGUCUUCCGACCAGAUGAAGAUGGAACAACUGGAAGCAGAGAGGAAAUCUUUGCAGGACCGAGUGAAUUCUCUGGAAGCACAAGUUGAGCUGUUGAAAGAGAAGACAGGAGGAAGCAACUCAAUGCAAUCUUCUCCUCAAAGCACCUUCACCCUCGAUAGGCAAUACGGACCUCCAAGAAGGAGCCGCAUGGACAGCACUACGCACCGGCUUUCUGUCCGGUCCCUCAUUGAGAGCAUUGAGAGUGCUACCAAACAAGCAAAAGCAAAUGCCACCAGUGCUGGGAACAGUCCCUUCAGCAGUUCCAACUCAAGUUUGAGUAGCAUUGGAGGUUCAGGUGCAAGCAGUGGAGGAGAACCCAAGGCCUCAAGUCUUCUCUCACCAGAAUCCUUGUUGUUGUCUUGCAAACCUCCUCAGCAGCUGGACAUGAACAGCAAUGCAGUAGAGACAAAAACAACUCCACCUCGACUGCCACACUACAUGGAUCGUCUUGGAAUGUCCACCCCAAAUGGUCCCGUGACUGUUACUGCUCCUGCAUCUAUUUUGGCAAACAAGCUUGAGCCUCCAACACGGAAAAUGUCUUACUUGGAAUCUUCUAAUAGCAUUGGAACAGCAGGUACAGUUCAGGCCGAGAAGAAGGACCCUUUAAGCAACUUGUCAUGCAAUGGCGGUUCUAAACGAAAUGCUUUGCUGAAGUGGUGCCAGUUGAAGACCCUGGAAUACCCUGGAAUUGAUAUUACCAACUUCUCCAGCAGCUGGAAUGAUGGAUUAGCUCUUUGUGCUCUGUUGCACACAUACCUGCCUGGGAAGCUGCCUCCUUUUGAAACACUGUCACCAACCAACAAGAGGAGAAACUUCACAUAUGCUUUCCAUGCUGCAGAAUCAGUUGGGAUUCCAACAACUCUGGACAUCAACGAGAUGGUAUCGAUGGAAAGACCAGAUUGGCAGAAGGUGAUGACUUACAUAACAGCUAUAUACAAGCACUUUGAAACUUAGAUGAAGUCCUGUUCUAGCUAGAGCCUCCAUCAGGGCUUCCUUCUAUACUCUAGUCAUUCUCUACAAUUCUCACCCAUGAUCUUCACUUAAACAUUCUACUAUGCAAAAUCUUGUAGAUCUAGACCAGAAACAAAACCCUAAGGGAUCUGUGUUUUUAUAAGGUAAAGAAGAAUCUUCAGUGUUCAUUGAUUUGCAUAAUUUUUUAAGAUGAGGAUUUAGCUUUAAAAUAGACCCUGUAUUUGUAUUUUAUGGUCUGAGAUGGAUAUUUUUGUACAAUCUCAAGAAUCUCACUGUGUGAGAUGCCCACC